GAAGAUCCCUGGGAGCAAGUGGUUAGAGUGAUCACCAACUCCCAGAAAAUGCGCUGGCUCAAACAGAGACUGACUGGCAGCAGGGCUGAGACCAAUCUCAUCAGCCGGAUCGUGGAUUUUGUCAUGUAUGAACAUCCAGUGGAUAUUGAGCGGUUGAGGAGGUCCUUGCACCAUCAGGUGGCUAGAGCAGAAAUGAGAUUACAGGGGAUCCAGAACAUGCUGACCCUGGUCCACAAGGAUCACCUGAUCCCAUCUGUCAAGUACAGUGUUAUAUGUGGCUGGCAGGGGCUUCUGACAGUUGGCUCCAAGAAACAUACCCCAUUACCUCAUUGCCUCAUGGAUGUCAAGCUGAUCCCUCCUUGUGAUCGCAUUCUCCUGGAGAUGACGUUUGCUGAACUCUACAAGUGGGCCAUCCAGCAGCUCCGCUACUACGUCAUGCAGGCAGACAUGAUGCUAAAAUUACGGGGCAUCAACCCAGCUGCUCCAAACCUAUGUCCUGGCAAGGAGCGUCUGAGCCUCGGAGCCUUGCCCAGUUCCAGGUUCAUCCUAGCCACCUUGGGACUCCUGGUGGCAGAACACUACUCCAACAGUCUCAGUCUGCUUCUCAACUCUGGGGUUCUGGCCCUGACACAAAGCAUACUUCGACUUGCAGGUCCAGACCCUGAUAUUCCUUUGGCAGACAACUGCAGCACCAUCUUCACCAUCCCUGAGGAGCAGCUCAACAAGAAGACAACCCAGUCGGUGCCCCUGGCGGGACCCGAGCUGGCAGCCAUGAUGAAAGUUGGGGCCCGCGUUAUGAGAGGUGUCGACUGGAAGUGGGGAGACCAGGAUGGGCCACCCCCAAGUCUGGGUCAUGUGAUCGGGGAACUGGGAGAGGAUGGCUGGAUCAGAGUCCAGUGGGACACGGGCAGCACCAACAGCUACAGGAUGGGUAAAGAAGGCAAGUACGACCUCAAGCUGGCCCAGAUGCCUGAGGUGACUGACAAUGAGGAUGAUGAUGAGGAGGAGGAGACAUCAAAGAAGAGCCAGACAGAGAGCAAACAUCCUACCAACCUGAUCCGGAAAUCCACCCUGAACCUGCUGACAACCUUGUCCCUGUGUGCAGGGAUCCACUCUGAGAAUGCUCAGCCAGAGGCCGUAGCCUCUCUGUGUGGACUGAUGCUGAGCAUUGUGGAUGCUGGUUGUAAUUAUGGACCAAACACCAACUCUGCUGCGGCACAUAUUGCCAGCCAGCAGCACAUGAAAUGGUGCACCCUGGGAUUUGUGCGCAGCAUUGCCACCAGUCCCGUCAUCUGCCAGGCUCUCAGCUCUCCCAGGUGGAUGUCCCUGCUGCUGAAGAUUCUGGAGGAGGACCAUAGCUCCAAGUACUCCAAGAAUGUAUACAGACAGAUUCUGAUUCUCAAACUGUUGAGAACUGUGCUGCCAGCCUGGGAUCACUACUCGGACAGUGUGAGAGUUGUUGAGAUUGUUGAGCGACUCUUCUCUUUCCUGGGCACCAUUCUCAUGGGCUGUGCUUCAGACAUGACCUUGACUUCAUCAUUGGAGGGCACUGAUGACAAGAAACACUACACCCCAGUCUCCAUCACAGCAACCUACACUAGCACCAUGGCGGAGGAGGUGAUAGCCCUGCUGCGCCGGCUGCAUGUCCUGCCUGUGUGGAAUGCAGCUGUCAACCGGUACAUCGCCAGCCAGCUGCCCAACAUCAUCAGCCUGCUGAUUCCCCUGACAGAUUUUCAUGUGGAGAAGAUGCCCAUGACAGAGGCAACACUGGCCAACUGGGCUAUGUUGUGUAGCCUGGCCUGUGCUGCAGUGAGGACUGACAGAGAUAAGGACACUACGCCUCGGGCACCCCUGGCCACCAGCACUGGCAGUAUUGAUUCACUGGGAAAUCACCUAACUUUCAAAGAACUCCGCAAGCAGUACAUCCGUCUCUGCCUGCUGGGAGCUGUAGCCAAGCUGUUCAGUCAGCAGGAUGUGCUGCGCCAGAUCCUGUCUCAGACAAUCCCCUUGGAGCACAGUCCUGUGGACACAUCACUGCCUGUAGAAGAAGAUAGGGAAGGGGAUGGGCAGGGCCAGGUGACCUUGAUGCAGCAGCUGCUGACAACUGCCACCCAGCCAUCCCCUCUCAAGGCUGUCUUCUCUGUAGAAGAAAUGGAGACUGCCUCAUUUUGGUGCCAUGUACAUGCGUGCAUAUGUGUGUGCAUGCACGCAUAUGUUAGAGAGAGAGGGAGAAAGAGAGAGGAUAACAAAUGUAUUAAUGGAAAUGGUAUUCUGUCCUGUUAUGGGGUCUCACCCAGUCCCCGUUCUGGAGUGUCAUCCAGUCCUGUCGGUGGGUCUCAUUCAGUCCUGAGAUGGGGUCUUGUACAAUCCUACCAUGGGGUCCCAUCCCGUCCUGUCCUGAGUGCCGAUACUCCAACAGUGGAAGCAGUGGUCAGCUGGCUGCUGGAACAUCCGAGCCCAGGCAAUGACGACUCGGACACAGAAAUCGGGUCUUCUGAAGGGGGAUACUCUGACAGUGACUCGGUCUCUGAUGGUUAUGAUGAAUACGAGGGAUUUGAUGUGCCAUCCCUGGAACCAGUGUUGGUGCCUUAUGGGUCAGAGUUUAAAAAGAGAAACGACUUUGUAAACACAGAUGAUUAUGCCAUGUAUGUGCGGCAGAAGAUCCAAAUUGGCAUGAUGGUUAGGUGUUGCAGGACAUACGAGGAGGUUCAUCAGGGGGACAUCGGCAAGGUCACCAAGUUGGACCAAGAUGGGCUACAUGAGCUGAAUGUCCAGGCUUUAUGGCAGAGGAAGGGCAGCACAUACUGGGUGAGGUACAUCCACAUUGAGAUCCUGGGGUUCACCAAUUCAGCCAUUGAGAGUGGACAGACGAUCAAGGUUGGAGAUAAAGUUAGGGUUAAGCCCUCAGUUAUCAAGCCAACAUACAAAUGGGGAUCAGUCUCUCACUCGAGUGUUGGAAUUGUUACAGCCAUACUGCCAAAUGGUAGGGAUGCCACGGUGGACUUCCCCCAACAACCUCACUGGACCGGGGUCAUCUCCGAGAUGGAGUUAGUUCCUAGUACACAUCCACAGAUAUUGUGUUCCAACUGUUACAUGAACCCCAUUGUUGGAGCCAGGUUCCGCUGCCAGACCUGUGACAACUUUGACCUGUGUGAGAGCUGCUUUAGGAUCUGUCGCUCACACAAGCAUCCUUUCAACCGAAUCCAAGAGCCAGGAAGUGACCCCUGCUUUGCAGGGAAACCUGGCCACCACAAUAAAGUGACUUGUCAGCAGACCCCGAAAGGAUCGACAGUUAGCAGCUGGCAUGCCUGUGUGAAGAAUGUGACAGUCUCGUCUAGGGAAGACCAGGCCCACAAUCUUUACGAUGGUCAAGGCCACUUCUGGCAGAGCCAUGGUACACAAGGAAAGCAUUGGAUCCAUCUUGAGAUGCAACCAGACAUGAUAAUCAACCGGCUGAUGAUGAGGGUGGAUCCUGCCGACUCCAGCUACAUUCCAUCGGUUGUCGUGGUCAGUGGUGGGGACUCUGUGGUCAGCCUGAAGGAGCUGAGGACUGUGCACAUAUCUUCUGAUGAAUCUUUGGUCACUUUAUUGGCCGAUAUGACAGAGUAUUACCACUUCAUUGAAAUUGGCAUUAAGCAGUGUCGCAGCAGUGGGAUAGACUGCAAGAUCCAUGGCUUGUCCAUCACAGCCAGACACAAAACAGAUGAUGAUGAUAUCCCCACCACAUUCUCUAUCCUGACUGGCAGCCGAACCAAGAAGGGCAAGGGUUCAAGUCCUAAAGAUGUCCAGACGUAUGUGUUUGUGUGGGGGCUUAAUGACAAAGAUCAGCUUGGAGGCCCUAAGGGGUCAAAGAUAAAGAUGCCAGUGCUGAAUGAGGCAUUGUCAGCCCUCAACUGUGUACAGAUUGCUGGAGGAUCCAAAAGUCUCUUUUGUGUUACUCAGGAUGGUAAACUAUUUGCCUGUGGUGAAGGGACCAAUGGGCGUCUAGGGCUGGGUGCUGUGACUGGGAAUGUGUCCCUGCCUCGCCAGCUGACCACACUGAGCCAUAUUGACGGCAAAGUGUUUGCCUGGGGUGAAGGAGAUGAUGGAAAAUUGGGGUUGUCAAGCAGAAUAAACUGUGACACACCUAAACUGAUCGAAGCCUUGAAGUCAAAGAGAGUGAGAGACAUUGCAUGUGGAAGUUCUCACAGUGCGGCCAUCAUCUCUAAUGGGGACUUGUACACCUGGGGGCUUGGGGACUACGGCCGGCUCGGGCAUGGGGACAACACAACACAGCUGAAGCCAAAACAGGUGAUGGCUCUGGCAGGGCAGCGUGUCAUCCAGGUGGCCUGUGGUAGCCGUGAUGCCCAGACUCUGGCACUCACUGAUGAAGGAGUGGUCUACUCUUGGGGAGAUGGGGACUUUGGGAAGCUGGGCCGAGGAGGCAGUGAAGGAUGUAAUGUGCCACACCCAGUGGAGAGACUCACCGGCCAGGGUGUGAUACAGAUAGAAUGUGGCGCCCAGUUCUCCCUGGCACUGACCAAACAGGGUCAAGUCUGGACAUGGGGCAAAGGAGACUACUUCCGGCUUGGUCACGGCACUGAUGCUCAUGUGAGGAAACCCCAGCUGGUGGAAGGGCUGAAAGGGAAGAAGAUUGUUCAUGUAGCUGUAGGAGCUCUUCACUGUCUAGCAGUCACGGAUACUGGCCAGGUAUGGGCAUGGGGAGAUAAUGACCAUGGCCAACAAGGCAACGGAACCACAACCGUCAACAGAAAAGCAGCCUUGGUUCUGGGCACAGAAGGCUACAAGAUCACUCGUGUGGCUUGUGGGUCCUCCCACAGUGUGGCUUGGGCCACAACAGGGUAUGCGGUACCCGCAUCUCAUGAACCAGUGCUGUUCUCAACUUCAAAAGAUCCUCUCGGAGCCACUUUCCUUGGGAUCCAUGAUGACAAAGAUGAGUCUUACCACAUUCCUUGCAAAGAUUUGAAUAACAGGGAGAAAAGCAACAGACCUUCUCUGUCAAAGAUCAUCCUGUACAUGGAUUCAACACUAGAGAAACAGCGGGCGCUCAACCAUGUCCUCAAUGCGCUGCAGAUCAAGUAUGCCAGGGAUGCCAUUGUGAAAGCUCUGAGCAAGGAGUCGAUUAUUCACACCAACGGCUCAAGUCUAGACUCUGGCCAGGGAGCCAGGGAGACCAUCUCCUACACACCGACCACAUCUCCAGACACCAGCACCGUGCUGCACAUGUCUACGAUGGAGCAGGGAGCCGGUGAUAUGGCAGCCUCGGUUGUUGAGUUGGCUGACUCCGACGAUCUCCCAUUCCCAAGCAUGCAAAGUCUGGCCGCCAAAGCAUCCCCAGCCACGUCAAUUCUGGCCGAGACAAUCCAGUCAGCAGAGGAAGUAACCCAAGUUGGAGAGACAAAUCUCAGUGGUGGAUAUCCACCUGGACUGGAUGAGUUUACCCACAAACUAUCCGUGGAUGAUGCCCGCAUCCUGGUGGAUCUCCUGAAGCUGUGUGUGGCACGAAAGAUUAUUGGAGGCAAAAAGACACUGUCUGAUGUGCUCACAGCUCUAGGCAAGGCAUCACCUCAGGUAACCGAGAUGCUACUGGAACUGUGUGUGACAGAGCUGGAAGAUGUAGCCACGGACAGUGAGACUGGCCGCUCCUCUGCCAAACCUGUGGUGCAGGAGAGCGCCCAUCCUUACACUGAUGACUCCAGUCAGACAGGAGUUGUGAAAAUACCAGGAGCUGAAGCUCUGAGGGUAGAGUUUGACCGGCAUUGUUCAACAGAGAGACGACAUGACCCACUAACAAUAAUGGAUGCGUCCGGAAGGACAAUAGCGGUUAGAUCUGGAAGAGAAUGGUCAGACUGGUUCCAGGAGUUGAGGAUCAGCGGAGAUGAGUUGAGGUGGAAGUUCACCAGCGACGGUUCGGUCAAUGGCUGGGGCUGGUACUUCACCGUCUACCCAGUCAUGCCGGCUGCCACACCACUGGACACUCUGUCUGACCGCACCAUCUUAUCCAGGCCCUCCAUUGACCUGGUCACUUGCUUACUGGACUUCAAGCUGGAGGUGUCCCUGGACAGAAACAUUGUGCCCAGGCUGGCUGCAGCCCUGGCAGCAUGUGCACAGCUGAGCUGUCUGG